AUGGAGGAACCAAGUUUCGUCAACAGCGGUCAGUACGUCCACGAUCUCAUCGAGAGAUCCGGGCACCAUAGUGGUGGUGGUAAAACGCCCAAACUGAGCCGCUACCCGUCAACUCCGCACACGCCGAUGCACCGCCGGCCAGGACAGGCACCAUACAACUUCGCCAAUACGCCGUACACCCCUCGACGCCGCAAUGCUUCCAUGCACUCAGUGCUCCACCAGACGAACCGCAGCCAGAUAUGGCUAGCAGACGACAAGACCAGGAAGCUGCCAAUUAUACUGAAGAGUGUACAUCUACGCGAAUGUCUCGCCGAGUUCCUAGGCACGUUCAUGCUCUGUGUCUUCGGCCUCGGUGUGAAUAACCAAGUCGCCCUGUCAAAAGGAGACAAUGGAUCAUGGUUGAGUAUCAACAUUUGCUGGGGUAUCGCUCUACUCAUGGGGGUCUACAUCGCGGAAGGAGUCAGCGGCGCACACCUCAACACGGCCGUGACCUUCACACACGCAAUGUUUGGCCGUAUCCCAUGGUGGAAAUUGCCUGGAUACGCAUUCGCACAGACAUUCGGCGCGUUUGUGGGGGCCGGACUGAUCUACAUCUACCAGUAUCAAAACAUCAUGGAAGAGGAUCCGCACAAGAUGGCUAUGCACGCCAACUUUGCGACGUAUCCGAACGAGAACAUCUCCAACCUUACUGCGUUUUACAGCGAGGCGCUGGCUACGGGGUUACUCCUUAUAGCAAUCUACGCUAUCACUGAUGAGCGUAACCGCGGUGCAGGGACGGUUGGUACCCCGUUUGCUUUUUCUCUGCUCUUCAUGGGGCUUGGAAUGGCAUUCGGCAUGAACACUGGAUACGCUUUGAACCCAGCCCGGGACUUUGGUCCGCGACUGCUGACGUUCUUUGCUGGUUUCGGCUCCAAGGUGUUUAGUAGCAGAAACUACUACUUUUGGAUCCCAAUCUUCGGACCAAUGUUGGGUGGUGUCAUCGGCGCUGGAGCCUACAUUUUGCUGGUGCAAAUCCAACACGAUGUUGAAGACGACGACGAAGACGUGUAG